CCCGGUCGCUGACCGCCGGGUAGGCUGUGGCAGUGGCGGCGGCGGCAGCGGCCGUGUCAGGGUCGCGGACAGGCGUGGCGAUGCUGCAGCUGCGGGACUCGGUGGAUUCGGAGGGCACGAGCCCCACAGCGGUGCUCGCGGCCGGCGAGGAUGUCGGAGCGGGCGGCGGCGGCGGUGGCGGCGGUGGCCGGGCAGGGGCAGGCACCCCACUGCGCCAGACGCUGUGGCCGCUCAGCGUUCACGACCCAACGCGCCGCGCGCGCGUCAAGGAGUACUUUGUGUUCCGGCCCGGGACCAUCGAGCAGGCUGUGGAGGAGAUCCGCGUGGUGGUCCGGCCGGUGGAGGACGGCGAGAUCCAGGGGGUGUGGCUGCUGACCGAGGUUGAUCACUGGAACAACGAGAAGGAGCGCCUGGUGCUCAUCACAGAUCAGUCGCUGCUCAUCUGUAAAUACGACUUCAUCAAUCUCCAGUGCCAGCAGGUGGUCAGAAUCGCACUGAACGCUGUGGACACCAUUUCCUACGGAGAAUUCCAGUUUCCGCCUAAGUCACUGAACAAGCGAGAAGGUUUUGGGCUUCGCAUCCAGUGGGACAAGCAGAGUCGCCCUUCCUUCAUAAACAGAUGGAAUCCCUGGUCCACCAAUGUGCCCUACACCACCUUCAUUGAGCACCCGAUGGCUGACGCGGAUGAGAAGACCACGUCUCUGUGCCAGUUGCAAAGCUUCAAGGCUCUGUUAAUCCAAGCUGUCAAAAAAGCCCAGAAAGAGUGUCCUUUGCCAGGAAGAGCAAACGCUGUGCUGAUCCUCGAGCGUCCCCUCCUCAUCGAGACCUACGUAGGCCUGAUGUCCUUCAUCAACAAUGAGGCCAAACUGGGCUACUCCAUGACCAGAGGCAGGAUAGGCUUCUAGAGGUGUGCAUCGGGCAGUGCCUCCCUGAGAGCCAGGGUGAUGUUGGGGCUUGAAGAGUCCACCAGACAUGGCUGCUGGCCAGGACCCGAAAACCAUUAGGAUAGUAAAGUGAAUUAUAUACACUGCACUAGCUGAGUAUGGACAUCUGGUCGUAGGAGCUACAGACAAAAAGUGAAUCUCGCUGCCCCUAUACUGGCUGGGAUUCCAUUUCUGUAAUUUGUUUUCCUUGAGUGUAUCUAUUUGGCUUCUUGUGGUUCUUCCCAACCCAGCCACUCUUGCAUGUUAAUAAAUGUCUCUGUGAUUCCAGUAGGACACAAUGUUACCCUGGCAGCUGUGUAGACGGAUAUAUACAGGGAGGUACCCAAUGUCAUCGAUACCAUCGAUAAGGCCUGUAGUUGCAAAUGUUUAUGCUUGGUGUCAAAUUUUGUAUUUUGAAAUUUAAUCCUGUUCUUUCAGCUAAGUGCAAAAGAAGCCAGCAGACUGUUAAUAGUCUGUGCCUUGUCAGCUUUGGGAUGGAUAGUUGCUCUUUGUUAAAUAUCUGACCUGAUGUCCCACUUUUUCUAAAAUUAAUCUAAAUGUGUUAAUAUAUCUUUUUCCAGGCCCAAAAAGGUUUACAGAAAACUCAUUUUAAGACAAGUUAUCAAUUUUCGACAGUCACCUGGAUAGCUCUGCAUAUUCUAGUUUUGCACUGUCCCUUUCGUAUUCAAAGGGAGCUGACUUGUUUGCUCUUUAAAGUCUGCACUUUACAAAAGGAGCCCCUGGAGGUGCUCAUGAAAUGCCAGUGCCCACCUUGGUCACUGGUUUGCAUGUAGACUCAGGUUCUGUCCGGGUCUGGCUCUAAACGUGCUCGCACGCUGGGCACCUCUGGCGGGCUCCACACGGGGCUGGAACACGCCUCCUUAGGUUCCCCCUGUACCCUGCACAGCUCGCUCGGCGGAAGCACUUGCCAAUAAACUUCACGUGCUGGUGAAGCGGUGUCUUCUUUCUGGUUUCCCACCUCAUCGCUUCCAGCUGGUGGACACAGCUGUGGCUGGCAGGCAGCACCUACCCAGGGCAGAAAGCUCACUGGGUCUUAUUCUUUGCUUUGGGUCUUUUAGUAAAGACAUUUAGAACUA